AGCAGCGGGGUAGGGGAUUCAACGAGGGAGGGAGAAAGGAGGUGUAAUAGUGGGUGGGAGCGCAGGAGACUGUCUGCUGGAUGGGCAUAAAGACAAAGGGAAGACAAAAAUAGUGAUAGAGACCUGUCGAGGGGGCUGGUUAGUAAAGAAGUAACUGAUGAAUGAACAGAGACAGAAGACAUCCACAGCCCCGCAAAGAAGGAAGUAUGUUUUUUUUUUGUUUUUGUUUGUUUUUUUGUUUUUUUGUUAAGUGCAGAAGUAGAAAGAGAAGAUAGAUGGUGAAAGAGAUUUAGGAAAAUGACAGUAAUAGACUGUCAGGGAAAAGAGGGAGGAGAGAAGAGCUGGAUGAGAGCGAAGGAGGCCGUCUCAUAGAGUGCUUAUAGCAUGCGUGGAGCUGGUGUAAGAGUGAAAGACAGACAGAGAGAGGGAAGGAGAGAGGGUGGGAGGAGAGACGGAAACAGAGGGAGGGGGUGAGGUAUUUAAACGGAGGAGCAGGACAGCACAGACGAAGCUCUGAACUCCCAGAGAGUGAAGGUAGGACAGGGAGAGGGGAGAGCAGGAGAACAAAGAUCAGUUUUAGUUUUUUUCCUCACUGCCAAUCCCACUCACUUACAUCCAAAAAUCCCUCCCAUGCAGACACACUCUCUCUUCUUUCACGCACUUUUGGACUUUUGAGCAGCAGCUGUCCACUGGAAAAUCUACCUGUGUCCUCCUUGCCUCCACUCAUCACUCUCCUCACCUCCCUCCACUUUUAGUCCCUCGCUUGGUGUGGGGGCAAAUGGCCAAGGUGUGGCCCACCUUAAGAGGGGCCAUAGGCUGUGCCCUGCUGGCCCUCGUACUGGCUAGCAGCAGCAUGGAUUUUGGGGCACCCCCAGCGAGCUUCUACCCCCGUUUCAACCCCUUCUUUUUCCUGUGCACCCACCACGGGGAGCUGGAGGGAGCUGGGGUGACAGAAGGUGGGGGAGAGGUGCUACUCACCCUCCAAAUUACGGGCAACCCCACUGCCUACACCCCAGGACAGGAGUACCAAGUAACCAUCUCCACCAGUGUAUCGUUUGACGGUCUUCUGGUGACUGGUCUCUACACCUCCACUCCCGUCCAGUCGGCUCCCAUCCCUCCUCCGGCUGCCUUUGGCUUUGGUGUUAUUCCGGAGCGUCAAUUUGUUGGAACCCAGUUUGUGUGCAGCGUCGUGGCUUCCCAUGUCAGCCACCAGGCCUCCACCAGCUUCAGCUUCGUCUGGAUUGCACCACCACCUGGCACUGGCUGCGUCAACUUCCUUGCGACAGCAACCCACCGAGGACAGAUCAUUUUCAAGGAUGCUCUGGCCCAGCAGCUGUGUGAGCAAGGAGUGCCGACAGAAUCCCCACUGAGACCGAGUCUGGUGGAGCUUCAUGGUAGACACGCUGUGCUGCGAGACGACUUUGACUCCAACCUGCAAGGAGAACUGGACCCCAGCAUCUGGUCUGAGUGCAGUAACUGUGAUGUGGGAGAGCAGUGCGGUGUUCUGAUGCACGGCCGAGCGGUCACUUUCUGUGAGCCUUUUGGAGAGCGAGAGCUGACAACCAUUCCUCUCAACACCAGCACAGCUUCAGUGCUGCAGUUUGCUCUGGGUUCAGGCUCCUGUCGCUUCAGUUACUCAGACCCCAGCAUCACUGUGUCGUACAGUCAGAGUGGAAACAGCAACACCUCAGAUGACUGGAUCACCCUGGAGAAGAUCAGAGCUCCGACCAACAGCAGCACCGUCAUCCACCUUAUCCCCCUACCACAUCUAUCCAGAGCUGAAAGUGUCCAUCUCAAAUGGUCUCAGGAGACCCCACAUGGCCCCGAAGGCUAUGAGUCCUGCUGGGGUCUGGACAACGUGCUCCUCAUUAAUGCCGCUCACAAAACUCCUCUAAUGGAGGACAGUCUGGACCCCCCAGACACUGCUAACUGGCUCUUCUUCCCUGGAGCAACAAUCAAGCACGCCUGUCAGUCCGAAGGCAAUGCUCUGUAUUUCCAUGGCGGUGAGGGAGUGGGCCACAACUUUGCCACCACCAGAGACAUUGAUCUGCACCGGGAGGAAGGAAGAAGCUACUGGGAGGAGGACUUUGAGAGUCCACCUUCAAACUGGGACAUAGAAGGAGCCGUUUAUGGGACCCAGUGUGGAGAACUUGAGUCGGGCACUGCCCUGGUUUUCGAAAGGGAGGGUCGCAGACGGGUGUGCACUCCCUACCUGGACACCACCUCGUAUGGAAACCUGCGCUUCUACUUUACCAUGGGUGGUGGCAGCUGUGACCCAGCAGAGUCCCACGAGAAUGAUGUCAUCCUGUUUGGGAGGUUUGAAGGCAGGCGGGAACGUGUGGUGCUGGAUACGCUUCCUUACUCCUCUUACAGGACUCCCUCUGUGGUGUCAGUGGCCCUGCCCACUGAGCUACAGACGCCCGUCACCCAGUUUUGCCUGGAGCAGCGGUCACAUGGAGGGGCCAACCGUCACGUGUGGGCCGUGGACUUCAUGCAGCUUCUCCCUGUGCUCCCUGGCACACAGACACAUGUUGCUCAGUUCUCCAUCAACCUGGGCUGUGGCUCCUACCAGCCUGCCAACAGUGUCAGUUUAGAGUUCUCCACCAACCAGGGUCGCUCCUGGUCUCUGCUGCACACUGAGUGUCUGCCUGAGCUCUGUUCUGGACCACAUUUACCUCACAGCACCGUCUACUCUUCUGACAACUACAGCGGAUGGACAAGAAUAUCCAUCCCUCUGCCCAAUGCUGCUCUGACAGAGACAACACGCUUCCGAUGGAAUCAGUCAGGCACUGGAACAAGCAACAUGUGGGCCAUAGACAAUGUGUAUAUUGGUCCAGCUUGUCUUCGUUUCUGUUCAGGGAGAGGACACUGUUCCCGAACGGGCUGCAAAUGUGACCCUGGCUUCAGUGGUCCGGCCUGUGAACUGGCCUCCCAGACCUUCCCAGCAUUCCUGUCCGAAGGCUUCUCCAGCCCACGCCUCUCCUCCUACCACAGUUUCUCGUCCCUUCGUGGAGCGGAGGUCAGCUUCGGCUGUGGGGUGCUGGCCAGUGGAAAGGCUCUGGUUUUCAACAGGGACAGCAGGAGGCACCUGGUCACUGCACCAUUAGACAGUUCUCAGGCCAGGUACUUGCAGUUCACUCUUCGGCUGGGCAGCCGCAGCACUCUGAGCUCGUGCCCUGCCCCAGACCAGCCAGGGGAGGGCGUGCUGCUGCAUUACUCCUCUGACAAUGGCAUCACCUGGACCCUGCUGCAGCACUAUGCGUAUCAAGGGUUUCAUGAACCGAGGAUCGUAUCUGUGGAGCUUCCCUCCGGAGCUCGGAAAUUUGGGGUACAGUUUCGCUGGUGGCAGCCGUACCACUCGGGCCGUGGCCAGGAUGUAUGGGCCUUAGAUGAAAUCAGCAUGACCUCUGUGUUGUUCAACACCAUCAGUCUGGACUUCAGCAAUGUGCUAGAUGUUACUCAGAGUCUCGGUUUCUACCUGGGCCAUGUCCAACCUUACUGCCAGCACGACUGGACACUUAGUUUCUCUGGCGAGCCCAGCCCAGGCUCCAGUAUCCGAUACGUGGAAACUCAGUCAAUGCAGAUUGGCGCCUCCUACAGUCUGCAGUUCUCACUGGUCAUGGGCUGUGGACGGGAGCCCUCCCCUCACAUUGACACUCAGGUCCGUCUGGAGUUCUCCACAAAUCACGGUCUCACUUGGCACCUAGUUAAAGAGGCCUGUCUGCCUGGCAUGCCAAGCUGCUCUGAGUUCACGGCUCCAAGUGUCUACCACCCAUCUGAGUUCAAAGACUGGAGACGCAUCACUUUGUCUUUGCCACAAAAGACGUGGUCCAGUGCCACACGCUUCCGUUGGAUCCAGAACUACUAUGGAGAGCAGGAUGAGUGGGCCCUUGAUGACAUCUACAUCGGUCAACAGUGUCCCAACAUGUGCCAUGGACAUGGCUGGUGUGAUCACGGACACAACAGGUGUGAUGAUGGCUUCUCAGGAACAGACUGCCAGCCCUCGUCGUCCCUGUCCUCCAGCGUUCUCUCUGACUUUGAGUCCCAGAAUUUACUGCUGGCUACCUGGCAAGAAGUGAUUGGUGGAGAGGUGGUCAGUCCUCACAUGGGCUGUGGAGUCGUCUCAUCUGGGUCAUCUUUGUACUUUAGCAAGGCUGGGCUGAGGCAGUUGGUGAGCUGGGACCUGGACACUGAAUGGGCAGAAUUUGUGCAGUUCUAUCUACGAGUGGGUGGAGACUGGGCUGAGUGUAACCAGGCCGACAGCAGAGAGGAGGGCGUUCUGUUGCAGUACAGCAAUGAUGGUGGGAUCAGCUGGGGUCUGAUUGCUGAGAUGUACUUCACAGAUUUCACUAAGCCUCGCUUCGUCCAUUACGAGCUUCCUCUGGCCUCCAAGACGCCGUCCACAAGGUUUCGCUGGUGGCAGCCUCUCCACUCCGGGGAGGGCUACGACCAAUGGGCGAUUGAUGAUGUCAUCAUUCUGUCCGAAAGGGAAAAACAUAUCAUACCCAUGGUCAAUCCUACUUUACCACAGAAUUUUUAUGAGAAGCCAGCAUUUGACUACCCUUUGAACCAGAUGAGCGUGUGGCUCAUGCUUGGCAAUGAAGGCAUGGAAAAGGAAAGUAACAACAGCUUCUGUGCCCCGACGCCCUCAGCCAUGGUGUUUGGCCGUUCUGAUGGAGACAGGGUGGCCGUCACCAGGGACUUGGCCCUGCGUGCUGGCUACACUCUGCAGUUUAAGUUGAACAUUGGCUGUGAGUCAGAGUUUAGUGCGUCUGCUCCAGUACUGCUGCAGUACUCCCAUGAUGCUGGUCGAACCUGGGCCCUGGUAAGAGAGGGUUGUUACCCAGGAUCCCCUGGGGCUGGUGUGUGUGAGGGCAGUGGGCGCGAGCUUCGAGAGCCCACUGUCUACAACACUGGAGACUAUGAACAAUGGACCAGGAUCACUGUGGUCAUCCCACGCAACGUUGCAGCCAGUAAAACCAGAUUCCGCUGGUUCCAGGAGAGCAGCUUGUACAGAGAUGCUCCAGCAUUUGCUUUGGACGGGGUCUACAUUUCUGAGCCUUGUCCAAAUCACUGUGGGGGACAUGGAGAUUGCAUCUCUGGGGUCUGCUUCUGUGAUAUGGGAUACACAGUGGAGCAGGACAGUUGUGUUCCAGCUGUGGCCAGUCCCACAGAGUUGACUGAAGGCUUUGAGGGGAAGCUGAGUCCUCUUUGGCAGAGUCUUAGUGGUGGACUAGUUGGAGGUGGCUGUGGAAUCAUUGGUGAGGGGAAAGGCCUGUACUUCAAUAGUCCUGGAAGGAGAGAAGCUCGAACGAUGCCUCUCGACACCACCAACACACGGUUGGUCCAGUUCUACAUCCGCAUUGGCAGCAAAAGUUUGGGACCAACGUGCACAAGACCUCGCUCCCGCAAUGAAGGUGUUAUCGUCCAGUUUUCUACCAACAACGGUGUCCAGUGGCAGUUCCUGAGAGAGUUAGACUUUAGUUCCUUCUUGGAGACCCAAGUGGUGACUAUUGAGCUCCCACCUGCAGCCAAAACCCCGUACACAGUGUUUCGCUGGUGGCAGCCACAGCAGGGAAAACAUUCUGCUCAGUGGGCUCUGGAUGAUGUCCUGAUUGGUAUGAAUGACAGCUCAAGAACAGGGUUUCAUGACAAGUUUGAUGGUUCAACUCCUCUGAGGCACAACUGGUACCGAAUUCAGGGCGGAGAGGUAACUGUGGACUGUCUGUCCUUGGACACAGCCCUUACCUUCAACUCGGAGGCCAUUGAUAAAAAGCCCAGGUAUGCAGAGAGCUGGGACUUUGAGAUUUCAGGCUCCUCAUUUCUGCAGUUUGAGCUGAGUAUGGGCUGCAGCAAGUCCUCUUCAUUCUCCCAUGGUGUUCGGCUGGAGUUUUCCACAGACUGCGGUCGUCACUGGUCUCUAAUUACUCCAGAGUGUGUGCCCCCAGCUAUCGGGUGUGCGGGCUACACUCAGAGUUCUAUCUACACCUCUACCCAGUACAAACACUGGAGAAGGAUCACUGUGUACCUGCCAAGUGCUGCAAAUUCUCCUAGAACUCGGUUCCGUUGGAUCCAGACCCACUUCACUCCAGGGGCAGAAGGAUGGGCUUUGGACAAUGUUUUACUGGCACCCGGCUGUCCCUGGAUGUGCUCUGGACAUGGUUUGUGUGACAACGGACGUUGUGUGUGCGACAAGGGUUAUGGAGGACACCACUGUGUGCCGUUAUCUCCUCUGCCCUCUGUACUAAGAGAAGACUUUAAUGAGAACUUACUACAGGAGACGUGGCCUGAGGUGUAUGGUGCCGAGAGGGGAACUCUUAGCGGAGAACCUCUUAAAUCGGGCACCGCCCUCAUCUUCAAAGGGGAUGGUCUGAGGAUGAUAGUGUCACGGGAUCUGGACUGCACCAACACUCUUUAUAUUCAGUUUUCCUUUAAAUUCAUCACUAAAGGUAUCCCAGAGCGCUCCCACUCUGUGCUCCUGCAGUACUCAGUGAACGGAGGCAUCAGCUGGCUACUGUUGGAUGAAUUUUACUUUCCAGCUUCCACCGACACUCUGUUCCUCCACCUGCCGCUGCCAGCCAGUGCUCAAAAUAAUGCCACUCGCUUCAGACUCUGGCAGCCGUACAACAGCGGUAAAAAAGAGGAAGUGUGGGUGAUAGAUGAUCUCAUCAUAGAUGGCAGUUCUCUACACAACCCACCAGUGGUGAUAGACAGCUUUGAUGAAGGCCCUAAUGAGUCCAACUGGCUGUUCUUCCCCGGGGGAAACACUGGCCUCUACUGCCCUUACCACAAGACUGGCCUAGAAGAGGACGAGUCUGCCAUGGUGUUUGUCUCCAGUGAGCGUGGAGAGCACUCUCUUACCACCAGGGACAUUGAAGUGAAUGAGAAUACUAUCGUUCAGUUUCAGAUUAAUGUGGGUUGCACAGCCGAAAGCUCCUCUGCCCAUCCAGUGCGUCUCGAGUUCUCACGGGACUUUGGUGCCACGUGGCACCUCCUGGUGCCUCUUUGUGCCGGAGGCCCCCAGCCCUCCUCACUGUGCUCCACCGAACUUCACCCUGCGAGCAUCUAUUUCCCUGGCACAACACACGGCUGGAGAAGGGAGGUCAUUCACUUUGGAAAACUUCAUCUCUGUGGCUCUGUGAGGUUCCGCUGGUACCAGGGCUUCUUCUCGGCUGAUUCAGCUCCACCAACAUGGGCUCUGGACAACAUCUACAUAGGCCCACAGUGUCAGGACAUGUGUAAUGGUCACGGUGCCUGUGUGGGUGGCACCCACUGUGAUUGUGACCCCGGCUACUCUGGAGCAGACUGCUCUGUACCUGACACGCCCAACCCUGAUUUCCUCAAAGAGGACUUUGAAGGAGGACCUGUGAACUCUGAGAACUUCAAACAACUUAGCGGAGGUAAACCAUCCAGAAAGUGUGGCAUCAUGUCAAGUGGGAACCACUUGUUCUUCAGUGAAGAUGGUCUGCGAAUGUUGGUGACCACUGACAUGGACCUUUCAAAUGCCAGGUUUGUUCAGUUCUUCCUUCGUCUUGGUUGUGGUAAGGCAUCUCCAGACCCACGCUCCCAGCCAGUUCUGCUGCAGUUCUCUGUAGACGGAGGCCUUACCUGGGGACUCCUCCAGGAAUUUCUCUUUAGCAACAGCAGUAAUCAGGCUCGCCUGGUGGCUCUGGAAAUUCCACUACGUGCCCGCACUUCCUCCACCCGCUUCCGCUGGUGGCAGCCUUCUGAGAACGGACACUUUUACAGUCCAUGGGUCAUUGACCAGGUGGUGGUAGGGGGCAGUGCAAGCGGAUGGGGACCUCUGGAAGACGACUUCUCCUCAAUCGAUGGCCGCUCCUGGCUCCUUCACCCUGGAGGAACCCGCAUGCCUGUCUGUGGCUCUGAUGGACCGGCCUUUGCUUUCAUAGAGAAGUCCAACACUCGCUACGCUGUGACCACUGACAUCAGUUUGGGACAAGAUGCUUUCAUCCAGUUUGACUUUUCAGCCUCCUGCUCUGUCACCAACUCCUGCUACUCUGUAGAGUUGGAGUACUCUCUGGACCUGGGACUCACCUGGCAGCCUGUGGUCAGAGACUGUCUGCCCACCAGCCCAGACUGUUCCUCCUACACUCUGCAGAGGCUGCUGGUGUCUGACACAUACAACAAGUGGGGACGGAUUACUCUGCCCCUCCCAUCGUACGUCAGGUCUCCAGCCACGAGGUUCAGAUGGUUCCAGCCCGCUCCCUUUGACAAGCAGCAAACCUGGGCCAUGGAUAAUCUCUACAUUGGAGAUGGCUGCCCCGACAUGUGCUCCGGACAUGGCCGCUGUCAACAGAGCUCCUGUGUGUGUGACCCAGAGUGGGGUGGAGAGUACUGUGACGAGCCAGUGGUCUCUUUGCCCUCUCAGCUGAAGGACAGUUUCAGCCGAGCUCCCUCAAACAGCCACUGGCACCUGCUAACAGGAGGAAAGCUCAGCAGUGUGUGUGGAGCCGUGGCCUCUGGAGCUGCGCUGCACUUUAGUGGUAGUUGUAGUCGUCAGUUGGUGACAGUGGACCUGAACCUGACCAAUGCUGAAUUCAUCCAGUUCUACUUCAUGUACGGCUGCAUGAUCCCCCCAAGCAACCGUAACCAGGGCGUUCUCCUGGAGUACACCUUAAAUGGUGGCAUUAACUGGCACCUGCUGACGGAAAUCUUCUACGACCUGUACACAAAGCCUGGGUUUGUGAAUGUACUGCUGCCCUCUGCAGCCCGGCAGGAAGGAGUGCGUGUGCGUUGGUGGCAGCCACAGCACGAUGGAGCAGAUCACAGUGACUGGGCACUGGAUAAUGUCCUUAUAGCAGGCUCUGACCCACGGGCACAGAUCUCUGACACUUUUGGAGGAGUGGCACUGCCCAACCAUGAGAGAGCUCCUGCUGAUGAGACCUCAGGGAGAGUAGGGGACCAGACUGAGCAGGAGGAGGCACCUAUUGUCAGCGACCACUGGUUGUUUUCAGAGGACUGCUCAGUGCAGCGGUUCUGCAGCUCUCCAGAUGGGGUGAUGGUGUGUGGAAAUACUGAUGGAAGAGAGGUGUACGCAGUCACACAUGACAUUAUCCCUGAAAAGGGCUGGGUCAUGCAGUUUAAGAUCUCUGUAGGCUGCAGUGUGUCUGAACGCCCUGCAGACCGCCAAGUACACGCUCAGUAUUCAGUGGAUUACGGAGUGACGUGGAAAUACCUGGUGCCCCAGUGCCUCCCUGCUGACCCCCGCUGUAGUGGUCAGGUCUCACAGCCAUCAGUCUUUUUCCCCUCUGAAUCCUGGAAGAGGGCAGUGUAUCCUCUGCCCGACAGCCUCGCUGACACUGCGGUGCGCUUCCGAUUUUAUCAGCAGCACUCAGACACCCAGUGGGCAGUGGAGAAUUUCUACAUCGGACCAGCAUGCAACAGCCACUGUGGGGGACACGGGGACUGUCUGGACAAGCGCUGUCUCUGCGACCCAGGAUUCACUGGACCAAACUGCUACCCCAGCACUGCAUUAAAGGCAUCUCUGAAGGAGCGUUUCGACUGGGACGGCUCAGCUGGACAACAGUGGCAGGUGCUGGAAGGCGGUCGUCCCUGCACUGACUGUGGUGUGUUAGUGGAAGGAACCGCCCUGUACUUUGGUGGAGCUGAUGCCAGACAAGCCGUCACAACUGAUUUAGACCUUCGUGGAGCCAAGUUUGUGGAGUACUGGGCCAGGAUUGGAAGUGAAGAUAACAUGACCAUGUGUCAUCGGCCAACGUGUCGCAAAGAGGGCGUGCUCCUUGAUUACUCUACAGAUGGAGGUGUGUCCUGGACACUGCUGCAUGAGAUGGACUACCUCAAGUAUGUGUCAGUGAGGAGAGACUAUAUUGUCCUCCCAGAGGGAGCACUCACUAAUGCUACUCGUCUACGCUGGUGGCAGCCAUUUACCAUUUCCUCUGGCCUUGCCAGCCCCAGCUUGGAGAGAGCCCAGUGGGCUAUAGAUAACAUCCUGGUGGGUGGGUCAGACAUCAAUCCAUCCACACUGCUGGACACCUUCGAUGACGAGGGCGUUUCUCACGAGGAGAGCUGGAGCUUCUAUCCUAACGCUGUGCGCACGGCUGGUUUCUGUGGAAACCCUUCAUUCCACUUGUACUGGCCAAACAAGAACCAGGACAGGACACACAACAUCCUGGCCACUCGGGAGCUGAUUGUGCAGCCAGGUUAUAUUCUUCAGUUCAAGAUUGUUGUGGGGUGUGAGGCCGACACCUGUGAAGAUCGUCAUUCUGUUCUGCUGCAGUACAGAAAGGACGCCAGGUCUGAUUCAUGGCAGUUGGUCCAGUCAGAGUGUCUCCCGUCAUCAGUCAACAACGUGGGCUGCUCUCCUUUCCAGUUCCAUGAGUCCACAAUCUACAGUCCAGUGAACAGCUCAUCAUGGACCAGGGUCACUGUCCAGCUACCAGACCAUGUCUCCUCAGGGGCAACCCAGUUCCGCUGGAUUCAAAAAGAGGGAACAGGAGAGAGGCAGAGCUGGGGAGUGGACCAUGUUUAUAUUGGAGAGGCCUGUCCCAGGCUCUGCAGUGGCCAUGGUUACUGUACAAGUGGAGUGGUCUGCAUCUGUGAUGAGGGAUACCAUGGUGAUGACUGCUCCCUCUCCAACACUGACCUGCCCAGCUCCAUCAAGGACAAUUUUGAGUCCGGCAGUGUGUCUCAGCAGAGCUGGCAGCUGAUCCAGGGUGGUGGAGUAGGCAGCGGCUGUGGGCAGCUGUCACCACAUGCCCACGGGGACUCGCUCUACUUCAAUGGCUGUAGGAUGAGGCAGGCAGUUACUAAACCGCUGGACCUCACUAGAGCCAGGUACAGUAAGAUCAUGUUCGUGCUGCAGAUUGGCAGCACGGCCCAGACAGACAGCUGUAAUAUAGCUCUGGAUCAGGCUAACACAGUCGACAGAGCUGUGCUCCUGCAGUAUAGUGUCAACAAUGGAGUCAGUUGGCAUGUAAUCGCUCAGCACCAGCCCAAGGACUUCAUAAAAGCCCAGAGAGUCUCCUACAACAUCCCCCUAGAGGCAAGGGUCAAGGGUGUGAUGCUGCGGUGGUGGCAGCCACGUCAUGACGGUGCAGGACAUGACCAAUGGGCAUUGGACCAUGUGGAAGUUGUUCUUGUCAGCACCCGUAAACAAAACUACAUGAUGAACUUUGCCAGACAGACCGGGGUGCGUCACUAUUACAGCCGCAAGAGGCGGGCACUGCGGCAGCGUGCCUGAAGUCCACCAUACAGAAUUAGCUCUCUGACCUGACACAUCGACCCCGACGCGCACAUCUCUCUUUCUUCUGACAUGGUUCUGACGAGUCCAGUCCACCAGUGGAGACUCUUCAGACACUCCCUCACCCACCUCUCCUUACCCUUCGCCUGAAACCUGGAACAACCAGUCAGUUUACUCCAGUCAUUCCAAACGUGUCCAUUCACACGGGUCGGCGUCAAUGAAACUCUGUAGAAAGGAGUAAAGUGGCAACAUUUUGUUUACUUUUUUCAGUGGACGUUUGGGGGUUUCUAGUUGUUUCUAAUUGUUGCUGUGAUUCCCCUGAGUAAUGUUCCUUCCCUCUGGCUCACCUCCCAGUCACUCCACCUCCUCCUCGUACCUUGCUUUUCCUACCACACUGUGAAAAUAAGAGAUAAUAUAUCACUGCUGAACUGACCAGCCAAAUGGAGGGUUGUCUGCCAGUUCCAUUGAGCCGCCCGGAGGAGGGGGUUUAUUCCACUGCCGACCACCAGUACGGAUGAAGACGGUGAUGAAGAUGCCGACCGUUAAGAGGAAUAACAGUGAAGAAGAAAAAAUCGUACUGUGUUCUUGCUGUUCUGUGUGUCUGUGGGUUCUUUUUGUGAUGAGUUGACUGUGGUGUUCUGUUGAUUUGUUUGUUCAUUUCUACUAACUCGUAUGCUUUUGAGUGGGGAAAGGGAGGGGGGGGCUGGGGUCUGUUUUCUCUGGGGUGGCUGAGGGCUGGGUGGGAAAACCCCAGAAAAGAAGGAACAAAGGAUAGAUUUGCACGACGUGAAGAGGAAAAACUACGAUAAAUGAAGGACUGUUUUUUUGUUUUGUUUUUUUAAUCCUUUUUAUAUAUGUUGGUUCCCGAAAAAUACAGAUAUUUAUGGUAAAUGGUUCUUCACAUAACCUAUUUAAGAUGCACUGUGCGUGAAAUCUGUAUGUUAUUUUUUUAGUGUUAAGUUAUUAGGCUGAUGAGUCAGGCUCUCAGACUCUGCAUCAUCUCCCCUCUUCCGUCUUGUGCUGUUUCUCUCUCUCUCUCUCUGCUGAUUUCUGAUACCUGGAGGUGAGGCUCUGUUAGUGUUGUUUUUUUGAAGUCUGUGUAAUAUGGACCCUCUGACCCUCAGUGUAACUCCAGUAUAGCAAUCUCCUGUAUAUAUAUGUAUAUCCACUACGGGGAGACCCAGCAGCCUUAUGAAAGGGAAAUAAAAAAAAUGGCCAAACCUCA